AAAUCCACACCAAAACUUCCUCGAUCUAAUAAUGCUCCCUUCUUUUCAGAUUUCUUAUUAAUUUCUCUCCUAUUAAUCAUCGUCAUUAUAACCUCUAAUAUAAGUAAGUGGUACUCUAGUACCAAGCCGAACCAAGCAAAAGCCGAUAACAGCCAUUUUUCCUAUAUAACUAGUAGAAGUUUAAUUCUCAAAAAGAGAAUCAAUAAAUGGAUCGCAUAGCAAAAUUGGCAUCACAAAAGGCAGUGGUUAUAUUCAGCAAGAGUUCUUGUGGGAUGAGCCAUGCGAUAAAGAGGUUGUUCUACGAGCAAGGGGUUGGACCGGCAAUUUGCGAGCUAGACGAGGAUUCAAGGGGUAAGGAAAUGGAGUGGGCUCUGGUGAGGCUAGGGUGCAACCCUUCAGUCCCGGCAGUGUUUAUCGGAGGCAAGUUUGUGGGUUCAGCCAACACCGUCAUGACCCUUCACCUCAAUGGCUCACUCAAGAGAAUGCUCAGAGAUGCCGGUGCUCUAUGGCUCUAGAAAACUAAGACUAGUGCAAUACAAUUCAAAGUUGCAAACAUUCAAACACGGCCUUAUCAGAAGAUAAUUUAGUUGCACUAUAUCAUCAUAACCGAACCCCUUCCUCGCCCCCUAGCCCCCCACCCCUCUUUUUCUUGUUAUAUAUGAUACCCUGGCGCGGCUUUAAUUUUGGAAUCUGCAUUUCACCAAAAUAUAAUAUAUAAUCUCCGAAGAGCGUUUUCCAAUAUGACCUAUAUCUUGUAUAACUUUUUUUUUUAAUUUGGUGCGAUAGAUGUAUAUCACUUACUAUAAUUAAUCUCAUGGAGUGAACCUUUUUGUUUAAUU